UGUCUGGCUUGUGGUUAUGGUGGGGUAAAACCGGCGUCCAUGGGCCCGACUAUCUUAUCUUAUCGCAAUUUUCAUGGGAGAGAAAUUUCGCGACUUCAACGCAAACAUUGUUUCCACCACCGCCUUGCGAACACACCAAGCCAACCAACCGCCUUCAGCCUUCCUGAACCUACGUCACGGCGCCACUGAGCCGCCCGAUCCAAGAUGCGUGGGAAACGAAGUAAGCAGUAUCGCAAGUUGAUGAACCAGUACUCGUUGACCUGGGGAUUCCGCGAACCGUACCAAUGCCUGGUCGACGCUGAGAUGGUGGUUGACUGCCAUAAUUUUAAAUAUGAUCUGCUCGCCGGGCUAGAGCGCACAUUGCACGGCAAGGUCAAGCCAAUGAUCACACAAUGCGAAAUCCGCAAGCUAUACCUACGCAAGAACGAGCCCGACAUGAACAAGAUUAUCGACUUCGCAAAGACGCUAGAGCGCAGACGUUGCGGUCAUUUGCCCGAGGACUACCCUGAGCCCCUGAGCACAAUGGACUGCAUGAAGGCCGUCGUCGACCCGAAGGGAAACUUGGUCAACAAACACCGCUACUGUGUCGCAAGUCAGUCGGCCGAUGUGCGCCGCAUGCUCCGCGAAAUCCCCGGUGUCCCGCAAAUCUACAUUAAGCGGUCGGUCAUGAUUCUCGAACCCAUGGCGACGGAGAGUCUGGCAAUCAGGAACAAGGAAGAGAAGAGCAAAUUCCGCGAUGGGCUUGUUAGGCCCGAGAAGAAGAGAAAACGGGAGGAUGACGAAGGACACGAGAGCGGGAAGGAAGAAAGGGUGCCCGCUAGUGGAACCCAGGAGAAGAAGAGUCACAAGAAGAAGGGCCCCAAGGGACCGAACCCUUUGGCGGUCAAGAAGCCAAAGAAAAUCACAGAGGGCGGUGCGAAACCGAAGAGCGAGUCGCAACCGGCGGGAAGCGGGGGCGAAGGAGAGGGUGAGGGCGAGGGCCCGGCGAAGAAGAAGCGCAGAAGACGUCACAAGAACCAGCCUGGCGACGUGGAGUCGGGCGCGCCAAUAAAUCAGGGCAAAGCCCCGGUAGAGCAGGCAGCGGAAGGCUCGUAAGGGCUUGGAGAAAAGCAUACCACAGGCGUUUCGGGAACUGUGUUUGGAAUGUAGGCACAACAAAAGCUAUUCGAUACCAAUUAAUGGGAGAUUCGUGCCACCCCAAUACUCGGAGGAGGUUCCCUUGGGGUGAGUGUGUUUCUGAUUCGUCUCAUGACUUGCC